UUCCAGGACCAGCCAGACGCUGAAUAGUGUGUCAGACAGUUCGGAUAAGUUGGAGCGAUGGCGGUGCCGUACGGGUUGUUUUGAGGGAAGUUGCGGAAACGUUUGAUAUCUUUCGGAUCCUAGCGAAUCAUUUCAACGCAACAAAACGUUCCAUUGGUGGUUACACGACAAGACAUUAGCAGAAUGUAUGCUCCAAAUGUUCAAGUGUCAGUGCAGUAACGUUACUAUAGUAGUAUAGCGAAUGAGUUAGCUGGCCAGCUAAAGGUUUUGGAGAGCGAUUCAACUAACGUUAGCUAAACUUGCCAGCUAAAAGCUAACUGAAAACUUAGCUUGGCAAUAGCGUAGUUACCAGCAAUAAUAUAGCUAAUCCUGGUGUUGGUGUAUGUUUCUGGUGUUUAACCAAAGUUUAUUUCGAUAAUGUGACUGCAGGUACUGUUUUGGCACUUGAUAAACGUCAUAGCCUGAAAAUUCAGGAGCUAACGUUUUCACGUAUAGCUAUGCCUUUUUUGCUAGCUACUAAAUUAGGUAGCUGCUAACGUUAGUACAUUUAGCUAUGCACUUUUUGCUAGCUACUAAGUUAAGUAGCUGUAAUGGGCUUAUUUUUCACUCUGUCCGUGUUGGGACUGGGUAAACUUUAAUGUACACUUUCUGAUAAGUAGCUCUUUAGCUACAUAAAUAUGCUUUGUUUUUUCCAACUAGCGUAACUUUAUAACACGCUAGGUAUUAGCUAGCUAGUUUUACCUAGCUAGUUAGUUAUCAAAAGUUCACCCACAAAGAAACUCCCUGUGGCGACGUGGAGAGAUGAAAGUAGCAAACGAGUUUUACCAAGACUUUGGAAUACCAUGCUGGAACCGUCUUGCCCAUUUGUGAUAUCGUUCUGAACGAUUCACGAGCAUUCCGAUUAGAGGUCCUUUGAUCGUUUGCUUUUUCGUCAACAGUUUGCACCCUAUAUGGUGCGGCUACAGCCACCGAGAAAUGGAUGUUUCCAAGGGCGGUUUCCCAAACGGUGAGGGGCGACCGAAAGACACGGGAGAGCAUGCCUGGACAGAUUCCCCCACUGCAAGAGCUUGGGCUCAUUCUGCUCCCCUGUCCCGAUCGCUGUGGACGGCAGUGUUUGACUAUGGAAGUACUGGAGAAGACGAACUUAGUCUGCGGCGGGGGGACAUUGUUGAGGUCCUCUCGAAGGAUGCUGCCAUCUCGGGAGAUGAAGGAUGGUGGACGGGUAAAAUUAACYAUCGAGUCGGGAUUUUCCCUGCAAAUUAUGUUACCGAUCAACCUGCCAUUUACAGACUUCCAGACGGUAGCACGGUAGGGGUGAGGGAGCGUCCGAGUACUCCCAUCCAAAUAGAUUUUAGCGAACUCGUUUUAGAGGAAAUAAUCGGUGUCGGGGGAUUUGGUAAAGUUUACCGAGGGGCAUGGAAGGACCAAGAGGUCGCUGUGAAGGCAGCGCGACAGGAUCCUGACGAAGACAUCACUGCAACUUCGGAUGGUGUUAAACAAGAGGCCAAGCUCUUUUCUAUGCUACAACAUCCCAAUAUAAUAAAACUUGAAGGUGUUUGCCUUGAGGAGCCGAACCUGUGCUUGGUGAUGGAAUAUGCUCGUGGAGGGACUCUUACCCGGGCUUUGACUGGUCGGAGGAUACCCCCACACAUUCUUGUCAACUGGGCUGUUCAAAUCGCCAGGGGCAUGCACUACCUACAUGAGGAGGCUGUUGUGCCUAUUAUUCACCGCGACCUGAAAUCCUGCAACAUUUUAUUACUUGAAAAAAUCGAGAACGAUGACAUUGGAAGGAAGACCUUGAAGAUCACAGACUUUGGCCUGGCCAGAGAGUGGCACAACACCACCAAGAUGAGUGCUGCUGGCACGUACUCAUGGAUGGCCCCUGAAGUCAUCAAGUCCUCUCUCUUCUCCAAAGGCAGCGAUGUCUGGAGUUAUGGUGUUCUUUUAUGGGAGCUGCUGACAGGAGAGGUGCCUUACCGUGGGAUUGAUGGGCUGGCUGUGGCCUAUGGUGUGGCUGUCAACAAGUUAACCCUCCCUAUUCCAUCCACCUGCCCAGAACCCUUCUCCAAGCUCAUGGAAGAGUGCUGGGAGCAGGACCCCCACAUCCGGCCGUCGUUUGCCUCCAUCCUGGAGCAGCUAACAGCCAUAGAGGAAGCCGUGAUGGCCACCAUGCCCCAGGACUCCUUCCACUCCAUGCAGGAGAACUGGAGGGUGGAGAUCCAGGAGAUGUUUGAUGAGCUCAGGACAAAAGAGAAGGAGCUGCGUUCACGGGAGGAGGAGCUGACGCAUGCGGCGCUGCAGCAGAAGUCCCACGAGGAGCUGCUGAAGAGGAGGGAGCAGCAGCUGGCGGAGCGAGAGAUCAACGUGUUGGAGAGGGAACUCAACAUCCUCAUCUUUCAGCUCAACAAGGACAAGCCCAACGUCAAGAAGAGGAAGGGCAAGUUCAAACGCAGCCGCCUCAAACUCAAGGACGGCAACCGCAUCAGCCUGCCCUCAGAUUUCCAGCACAAGAUCACGGUGCAGGCGUCACCCUCCAUGGACAGUAGGAGUCUGAACACCAGCCCCCCCAGCAGCCCCACACUCAUACCCCGCCUCCGGGCCAUCCAGUUGACUCUGGACGAGAGCAACAGGACAUGGGGACGAAGCACCAUCUACAAGCCGGAGGAGUUUGAUGACGUCAAGAAGGGGAUUAAGAAGAAGGGGCGAACGUGGGGACCGAGCUCCGUUCAGACCAAGGAGCGGGGAAAUUGUGCUGAAAGAGUGAGGCCACUGUCUGAUGGAAACAACCCCUGGUCCACCAGUCUGGGGAAGUCCCAGAAGUCUGUUCCGUUGGCUGCGUUGUUUGCAGAGCAGCAAGCCUGUCUCUGUCCUCGUCCUUCAUGUUCAGGGACCAGUAAAGAAGAGAUGUGCUCGCCGGAUGGAUCGGACAACACCAAACCAAAGCAACUGAAGUUCCCCAAUCAGGUGUACAUCGAUCUACCUCUGUGGAAAGAUGAGAAGCAGCAGGGGGGCGAGGGGACGGCAGGAAGCUGCCCUGGGGAAAGCCUGGAGGACUCCAGCACCACCUCAGCCAGCUCCACCAGCACCACCCCCCAGCACACCCCCACCAACAGCCUGAAGAGGACCUCCGCUCGUCGCCGGACAGACACCGUACUCUACUGCUGUGCCUCUAUGCUGGCCUCGGUGGCAUUGGGCUUUGACCUGCGUGAUGUGCUCAAGGCCCCACCGGCAGAUGACCCUGAGCCUCAGCCCAGCGUGGAGAAGAAAAAGAAAGAGGGUCUGUUCCAGCGCGCCACACGCUUCCCUGGUGGACGUUCUUCCCAUAAGGAGGAGGCAGCCUCCCAAAGCCCCAUCAACCUCAUCUCCAUGUCUUCCAUCUCAGUGUAUAACUCCACCAAGAGCCUCCUGCGGUCAGCCUCGGAGGGGCCAGAGCCCAGCCCUGUGAAGGAAGUGGCCUCUGUCAACCUGUCGCACCCCAGGCCACAGCCCAGCAGCGGCUCCCAGCCCCAGGUUCCAGAGGCGCCCGGCCGCAGGACUCCGGCCUCCCCCCUCCCCCAGCCUGCUGCCCUAGAGAAGACUCACAGUCAAAGCAUGGGCUCUCGCCUCCGGAGGAAGAAGUCAGCCAUCAUUCAGGACACUAACGGUACAUCCGGCUCUCGCACAACUUCAUCGGGACAGUCUUCCACCACGACCUCUCAGAAGAAGAACUCUGACAGGGAGGACACCCCUAAGAGAGCAGCUAGUGGGGAGACUGUCACCUCCAGGUCCCGGCCUUUGUCCCUCCGGGGCAAACCCCACUCAUGGGGUCUCCUGAGGGGCCGCAACAAAAGCUACUCCCUGGGCCACUAUUCUGGAGAGAAGAGCGCCAGGAGCCUCAACAUCGUCCUCUCCUCCGCCGAGGUCAAGAUGGACUGCUCUCUGCUGGAUAUGGACACGGAGGGGCAGAAACGUGACUGUACCGUGCCCCUCUGUCGAAUUCAGAGCGGCCCCAGUCACCCCUCCGUCUUCGAACUAGAGAAAAAAUUAUUGUGAUAGCAGAAAUAAGCUGCCUUAUUACCAGGAUCCAAUCUCUAAGUAACGUUUAUGAGUUGGAUCAACAAGUCUUAUUUGACAUUCCAGGGCAUUCCACUGCCCUCCUGUGGUUUUUACCUGAAUGUAGGCCACUGCUGCUGAACACUUUAUUUAUUCUGUAAUAUUUUGAUAGGUAAUUUAAUAUUGGAAAAACGUGUUUCAAUAGCAUCAGGUUGAUUGAACAACGAAGGAACACAUUUAAUUUUUUGUUGUUGCAGAAAUGUUUACAUUUUUGURCGCACAUACUGGUUAGGACCAUGGCAUCUUAAGUUACAAAAUGAUGCUUACGUUAAAAUGUUAAUUUGCUUUUGUCUGUGGAUCUUUUAUUCUCCGUUUUKAUUUAAUGCUGGUAAUUAUUUUGUAUUGUAUUGAUUUUGUUUUUAUAUUGACAGAUACAACAGUGUUUAUUUUAGGAUGAGUUCUGUCCAAUGUCUGAGAGGUAAUAUUGAAGUCAUCAACAUGUGGCGCAACUGACAGAUUUACAAAUGUAGGAUCUUAAUUUGAGCCAGUUUGCUACAGCAGGAAAAUAAUGCUGCAGCAGGACAGUUCUUCUGCAACAGGGUGAUCAAAUUAAGAUCCUACAUCUGUAACAGUGCAACCAACAACACUGGAGAACCUAGUCUCAACACUGAAACACUAAACUAGGCCUGGUCAGCUUCUACUUCUACCACUAUACGACAAGCCUUACCAGCAGCUGGACUAGUACCAGUACUGUACAUAAAGACUAUUCAGCAUUAUUAGCUGCUAUGGUUUAUGUGGAAUAUGACCAUUUGGCUCGAAAUCAGUUCACAUGGGGGUUAGUCUACCUAGGUUCCUGUGAAAACACUAUUUUUAAGAACAAAGAGAUGGGAAUUAAAUAUAUUUCAAUACUUGUUUGAGUAACAGUUAAAUGCUGUAUUCCUUAGCAAUAAUUUUCAUAUUAACAUAAAAAGCUGACAGGAACUGUCUCUGAUGCCACUAAACUACACAAAUUGUUAUCAUCUGAAUAUUCAGUCUCCAUUUAAGUACCAUGCAAGUCAUUAGUACUGAGCAACAAGUAAAACUGUCCGUAAAUAUCCAAUGUAUUGUUGUUCGUCCCCAUUUACAAAGAAUACCGAAUGUUAAAUCUCUCUUUUUGUAGUUCUGUUUAAAUCAUGAGCACUUUCUCUUUAUUUAAAUCGACAUUCCUAACAGUACAUCCCAGACAGCUGUUGAAGUCACUACAACUGGAAGAAUAGCUUUUUUUUAACACUGCCUUUGAGAUCAAAUCUCAUCACUGUCAAAGCUGGAGUCCCUGCUAUAUCCUGACAUGUUAAGCAUUCCAUUAAUUGAACAACAACUUAAGUAUUUUUUUUGCCUUAUCUUCCUUUUUAUUAGCAUUGUGUUAGCUCUGUGUGAGGAAACUGGUUCAAGUGAUUGAGAUGGCAACAUACAGUACAUACUGAUCAAACCUGUUUAUCAGUGUUUUUGUUCACACCACAGAAUCCCAGCGUUGUUUUAUCUUCAUGUAUCCCCAUGUUAACAGGAAUACGUCAGUUGACCUCAACCUUCUUACUUUUAUACUCGCAAGCAUACUUAAACCACUUCAAGAAUGGCUGUCUGAUUAGAAUGAUAGGUCUUUGAACCAGUGUGAAUCCUCAAACCCUCCAUGUUCUUUCUGGAAAUGUAAAUCAACUCAAGAUGACCAUACCAAACAAAUGUGAAUCCAUACCCUCUUUACCUUGUGUAGUGUCAAUACCUGGAAAUCAAGACCAAAAUGUCUAUUUUUGUUGUCUUAGUAUCUUGGAAUGAAAAUGGACUGAAAUACAGUAAUUAUAAUGAAAUAGUA